ACAGCUCGUGCCAGAGUCCAGUCCAGCCAGGUUGGGGUCUCCUUAACCAUUCAGAUACUCAAAGGACUGUUCCUGUCUUUGGACUUUUCUUAUUGCCUCUAUGGCGUCCCCUGAAACAGACCCCACAAGUCCUUUCACUCUAGACCCUUACCAUGUUUCUGAGGAAUUUGGCUUUAUCCUUCCGGAGCCUCUGCAAAAGCUUCCACCGUACUACCAGCCAUGGAUGGAUAUUGCAUUGCAUGUCCCAGAGCUUGUGCACAGUCAUGAGUUGCGCUCCCAUAUUAACAAGAUGCCGCUGCUGAGCACCGAGUUUCUGCAGAAACACAGAGAGUUACGGCUGGCCCACCUGGCCCUCAGCAUGAUGACCAUGGGAUAUGUCUGGCAGGAGGGGGAGAGUGACACAGUUGACAUACUGCCAUGUAACCUGGCUGUUCCAUACUGGGAAGUGUCACAGCAGUUAGGACUUCCUCCAAUUCUCACUCAUGCAGAUGCAGUAUUGGCUAACUGGAGGAAGAAAGAUCCAGAGGGGUCUUUUGACAUGGAGAACCUGGAGUUGCUGGUCAGCCUCCCAGGAGGAGACAGUGUCAAAGGCUUCUUCUUGGUCACUCUGCUGGUGGAGCUGGCAGCAGUUCCUGCUCUAAGGAGCAUCCCUGUUGUCAUCAAUGGAGUCAGAUGUGAUGACAGCGAGGCUGUAGCCAGAGGCCUCGAGAAUAUCAGCCAGUCCAUACAGGACAUGACUGAUGCGCUCAGACUGAUGCAAGUGUAUGUGGAGCCUUCAGUGUUCUACGGCAUUAUGAGGAUCUACCUUUCUGGGUGGAAAGACAACCUUUGUAUGCCAAAUGGGUUGGUUUAUGAAGGGAUACAGACAGAACCCAUGGAGUACUCCGGAGGGAGUGCAGCACAAAGCAGCCUGCUGCACUGCUUUGAUGAACUUCUAGGAAUCAAACAUGAAGAAAAAAGUAGUUCCUUUCUCGCCCGCAUGAGGAGCUACAUGCCACCUGCUCACAAGCAACUGAUCCAGGAUAUCUCUUUGCAAAAGUCAUUGAGGAGUUUUGCACAGCAGCAGGCCAGUGACCACCUAAAUCAGGCCUAUCAUUUCUGUGUCUCAAAGCUGUUGGCUCUGCGCAGCUACCACAUCAACAUCGUGAGCCGUUUCAUCACUGUACCUGCUGCCCGUGCUCGACAACUCCGUAACCAGAGGCAGGACUUGGUGGGGGAGAUGAUCAGCAGAGCUCCCACAGCAUUAGAGGAGAGGGGUACUGGUGGUUCUGGCAUCAUGACCUUCCUAAAAACAGUGAGGGACCACACAAAAGAUGCUCUAAAACACUAA